AUGGAUGACGAGAAGGCCAAAGUCAAGAAGAAGGGUGCCACUCACCGCAAGUCCCUAUCCUGCGAAUACUGCAGCCGAUCGUUCGCCCGCCUCGAGCAUCUCCAACGCCAUCUCCGCACCCAUACCAAAGAGAAACCCUUCUCAUGUGACAUAUGCUCCAAGUCCUUUGCGCGCAGUGACCUCCUGGUGCGACAUGAGCGAUUGGUCCACCCUGCCGAAAGUGCGGCCAGUCGCGAACAUCGCACGCACAACGGGACCGAGAAUAGCCACCACGAGAUUCCAAUCCAGUCGUCCAUCAUUCAACCUGCCCAUCAUGAGUCGCGCAUGUUAGAGCUGGCCGACGCCAUUCCAGUCCAUACCCAAGUCCCGCCGCCUCCACCUCCCGAGGUGCAGGUCCAGCCUCCCCCGAUUGUCGAGACUCCCCACUUCAAUCCCUCCUGGGGCUACGACUUAAACCUCUUGUCGCAUGCCGCGAGCCAUGUCGCCUUGGAAGGCCAGCAGGAGAGCUUGGAUUCCAUCCGAAAACCUUCGCAUGCCGUCGAUACCCCCUCCCAACCAAUCCCCCCGCCCCCGGAGAGAGCCAUCACCGACAACUAUGGCGUAGAGCCCUCCUUCCUCGACCUCACAGACCUUGGUGAUCCCGUUCAAGACUUUACCGUCUUUUUGGAAAGCGUUGGUCUAUCGUCCGACUGGGACUCGGGAGUCUUCUCAUCGGUCGAGGAACCCAUGCUGCCACCAAGCCUUUCCAUUGAUUCGAAACAGCAAGUGCGAGAUACGCCAGGCUCAUCGAGAUUGGGUGCUGAUUUAAUGAGCGAUCCGCGAGUCCAGGCGGAUGAGCCGCCUUCGUUUUCCAAUUUUGGUUCGCGUCUACCAUCGUUACAGCCAGAGUCUCAUGAAAUGGAGGACCGGAUUGGCCUUUCGGACGAUAGCUCACGGCCAGCGUGGGAUAUCACCAAUGCUGACCGUCAGGUGUUCAUUUCGAAACUGGAGGAGUUUUCUUUUAUUCUCCCCAAGGGCUUUGUGCCGCCCUCCCGCCAUGCUCUCUCCAGAUUCUUUGCAGGGUAUAUAAAUGGUCUAAAUGAGCAUUUGCCCUUUGUUCAUGUUCCUACUCUGUCGAUUGCCAAAUGUUCACCAGAGCUCACACUUGCAACGGCAGCGGCUGGCUCGCAUUAUCGAUUUGAAAAUGGCCGAGGAAUCGACCUCUUCCACGCGGCUAAGGCUAUCCUGCUGGAGCGUCUCCGUCGACGAGAUAGCAGACAGGUCCCCCAUCCAUCAUGGAACUACAUCUCUCCACCAUCCAAUUAUCAAAACUCGCGAGGCUCAUCGAUGAUCUCAAAUACUGCAAGCAGCCCUUUCCAGAGCCACCACAUGCCGAAUCCUCCUGUUAAUGCGUCGAUUUACACUCCCGAUGACUCGGAUGCACACAUGGAAGUGAUUCGAACCUUCUUGCUGCUGACCGUGUUUGCUUCCUGGGAGAGACAACCAGAGCUACUGCGCGAGAUUCUCUCGCUUCAAAGCACAUUGGCAAGACUUGUUCGCGAGCAUGGCCUGGCAGAACCCCCACCCACCCCCGAGCCGAUUAGCUGGGAGGAGUGGAUACGGAGAGAGGGGAACAGGCGGACGAAACUCAUCGUUUACUGUUUCUUUAAUCUUCAUUCGAUCAUGUACAACAUACCCCCCUUGAUCCUCAACGGCGAACUGAAGCUCAAUAUGCCCUGCUCGCAUGACCUGUGGAAGGCUACCAAUGCGCCGCAGUGGCGACGACUUCACCGUACCCGUCAAGGACAAGAUGUUUCUUUCCAGGAUGCAUUUGCCCGCCUGUUCCUCAAAGCAUCCGUCUCUUUCCCGUCCGCUCCAAUUUCUCCUCUGGGCAACUACAUCCUCAUCCAUGCUAUCAUACAACAAAUUUUCUUCGCUCGUCAGCUAUGCUUGUCGGCUCCCAAUAUGCACGGCACUAGUCUGCGGCAGGAAGAUCUCAACGUGCUCGAUAAUUCUCUGGGUGCUUGGAAGGCGCUGUGGAAACGCACACCUGAGUCCAGCAUCGACCCUCAAAACCCCGCGGGUCCCAUUGCAUUUACAUCCACGGCACUAUUGGGCCUCGCGUACAUUCGACUGCAUGUUGACCUGGGCCCUUGCCGCCAUCUCAUUACCCAAGAUCCGAUGCAGAUUGCGGGGGCACUGAUCGAAUCACCGCCGAUCGUCCGCAGCCCACGGCUGAUCAUGGCAUUGCUCCAUUCAGCCCAUGCCCUCUCGAUUCCUGUCCGACUGGGAAUUGAUUUUGUGGCCAGAACCCACUCGUUCUUCUGGAGUAUCCAACAUUCUCUAUGCAGCCUGGAAUGCGCCUUUCUUCUUAGUCGCUGGUUGCUGGCCAUUCCCGCCACGCAGUCAGACCAGCGGCUGUCAGAACACGAACGGAAGCUGCUUUUGUGGAUCAAGAGCAUGAUGGAUGAAACCGACAUGGCUGUUGAUCCACCUGGAGCACCGGACCUAGAGUUCAUGGCAAACCCGUACAAGGUACGCCAGCUUAGCGUUGCUAUUGUCCGCGUUUGGGCCCGGACAUUCAAGGGCAAUACGAGCUGGGCCAUUGUUGACCUAGUCGGGUCGAGUCUGGAUGCUUAUGCGGAACUGUUGGAAAAUUGA